CUUCACCACACCGACAGAACGAAUACCCCAGACAACUUUCAAUGGCAGAAGAAACACUUCCCCCAAACUUGCAGAAUGUCAUUGACCAGAAGUCUCUGAAGUGGAUCUUUUGCGGUGGCAAGGGUGGUGUCGGAAAGACCACAACAUCAUGCUCUCUCGCCAUCCAACUCGCCCAAGCUCGCGAGUCCGUGCUCUUGAUAUCCACAGACCCCGCACACAACCUUUCAGAUGCUUUCGGCCAGAAGUUCUCGAAAGAGGCCACGAAGGUCAACGGGUUUAGCAACCUUUUCGCGAUGGAGAUCGACCCGACGAGUGCUAUCCAGGAGAUGGUAGACCAGUCGGACCAGAGUGGUAUGAUGGGCUCCAUGAUGCAAGAUCUGGCCUUCGCCAUUCCAGGUGUUGAUGAAGCGAUGAGCUUUGCUGAGAUCAUGAAGCACGUCAAGUCAAUGGAAUACUCGGUCAUCGUGUUCGAUACCGCACCUACAGGCCACACUCUUCGUUUCCUCUCCUUCCCAACCGUCCUCGAGAAGGCACUCGGCAAGCUCUCUGCACUGAGUGGUCGCAUUGGCCCUAUGAUUAACCAAAUGUCGAGUCUGAUGGGAGCCCAAGCUGACUCUACCGAAGAUAUGUUCUCGAAACUGGAGUCCAUGCGGGCGGUCAUCACGGAAGUGAACACGCAGUUCAAGGAUCCUGAAAAGACGACCUUCAUUUGCGUGUGCAUUUCUGAGUUCUUGUCAUUAUACGAGACGGAGCGUCUAGUCCAGGAACUGACCGCGUACGAGAUCGACACCCAUAACAUUGUCGUCAACCAACUUCUCUUCCCCAAAGACACCUCCAAUUGUGAACACUGCCGCGUCCGACACAAGAUGCAACAGAAAUACCUCAACGAGGCACACGAGCUCUACGAUGACUUCUUCCACAUCGUCCAGCUGCCGCUCCUCACUGAGGAAGUCCGCGGUCCAGAGAAGUUGAAGGAGUUCAGCAAGAUGUUGAUCGAGCCAUACCAGCCUUCGGACAAAUGAGUAUAUUGCUUGUGCUUUUCCUCGGGUGAUUGGACGCUAGAGGUGGGAUACUGAGCACGGUAUACCGGUCUCUGCUCUGUUUUUUAUAUUGUACUCAAUUUGGAUGGCAUGUACCAUGAAACGGUCUGGGCAGACUGGAGUUCCUGCGUGUUUACCAGGGUCCAGUGUGAGCCACACAUUCCAAGGACGGCAUAUCCCGAGUGGCGUGGACAUGUUCCUGGUCCAACCUGUCAUGAAUGUCUACACUGCG